AUGGAUCCUUGGCAGCCGUCACUGCCCGGCGCAGGCGCUCAGCGUGCUGUUUUGAUCCUGCAAUUGUACAUGCGGAUGGGGCACUACAGCCCGCUUUCCAUUCUGGUGGCAGACACUCUGUGUCUAACGUUCAAGGCUGGCGGGGCAACGCUGAGUGAGCUUGGCGCGUACUUGGGACUUCCGCCGGAUCGUGUGGAGAUCGGCAUUGAAGGGAUGCCAAAGGAGUUGUACUGCACCUCCGCUGAGCUCCGUCAGGACGAUACAAUUGGGGAGUAUGGGGGCAAAAGCAGCAGCAAAAAAAGAAGCCGUCAAGAGGCCACCGAGGAGAGCACACUUCGCUAUUAUAUUAAUUAUGCCACAUUGUUGCCGUUUGCGUUUGCCCACGGCAGUCACAUCCUUUUGGCGCUUUGUCAGUUGCCUCUUCCACAGUAUGCGACCAACGACGACAUAAGUGGUGAACACGUUUCCCUGAAUGUGUCAGCCACACUUCGACGCUCAGAUUCUCGACGAGGGCUUUGCUGUGUUUCUUGUCGCUACUGGAUGGCACUAAAGGACUUGCGUUCGACCAUCUCACGUUGCCCGCUUUGUCACACAGAUGUACUGGGCGCCGUGCUGCGCGCCAUAUAUGCCCGCUAUGAAGAGAAGCUGGCGAGUGGACAGUCGUUGCUUUCUUUUGGCCCCGUCCAGCAGCGCCCCAGCACACCAGCAACAACGACGGCAACCGGCAAGAACGGCAACAGUGGCGGCAGGUCGAUGGAGGCGGUCCAAGGCGAUUCCUCUAAAAUACCUCUUGCUGAAGCUGCAGACUACCCACUAGCACGCGAUCCUUUCCUUGUGCAACAGGGGCUGUUUUUUCGGUUUCUUUACGCACAUCCAUUUGUUCGUGUCAACGAUGCCGCGUUUGUGGUGGAUGAAGAUGAGGUGAUGACGAAGGAGGAGUACGACCACCGAUCCAAGCAUCGGGCCACGGUGCUUGAUCAGUUUCGCCUUGUGCACCGUAACGCGGCGGCUAUUAGGGUGAAACGUGUGGAUCAACAAAGACUGGACGCCGAAAAAGUCAGGGAAAGUGUUAUGAAGGUAAUGAAACGUGGCCAGCUUCCCCCCUGGUUGCGACCCGUGUUUGUCUUCCAGGAGGGCGAAGAUCUAGUGCCGCCAGCGACACGGAAGGAACAACCCUUCUCCGAUAGCGCAGAUUCCACAACACCGAAGGAGAAACGCGACGCUGACAUUACCGCUACCGCAAGAUACACUGCAAGGGAGUUUUUUGAUGACGACUAUGAUGAGGUGCCGCUUUGUAAACCGUCCACAGGGUGA